CGCUGCCCCAACCCCAUUCCUUCCUCUCCUCUUCCUCUGCUCCCUCCGCUGUAGAUGCGCAGGCAUCUCUCUCAUCGGCAGGAGGAGAGAGAAGCAGAGUGAGAAAGCUAGCUCUCAGCCAGCCACCGACCACCCCUCACCACCACAGAUCGUCGAAUCCGGUGCUCCAACCUCCCACCUUUAUAAGCCGCUCUCUGCUCGAUCGCCAUCGCCCAGCUCCCACCGCCUCGCCAUCGCUCUGCUUCGAGCUCUGUCGCAGGAAGGCCGGUAGCUCCGAUUGGAGUGCCAAUCGGAGCCAAAAAGAGAGAAAGCACAUGCUGCCUUUCGUCCUAGAGUUCCUCGUUGAUGUCGCCUGUGAUCAGUGAGAUCCUCCUCUCGGGGUUUAUGAUCAACUCCACACUCCGGCGCCGCACCCACCUCGUCCAGUCGUUCUCCGUCGUCUUCCUCUACUGGUUUUAUGUCUUCUCAUAAACUCCUCGCCCCCUUCACUCCUCUCCGUCUUCCUCUCUUCUUCGCCUCUGCCCUCUAGUAGCGUCGUCUCUCUCUGUCUGUCUGUCAAUCUCAUCAUCGUGCUCCUCGUUCGUCGUCUCUGUUUCAGUUUGGCUAGUUUUCAAAAGUCUUUAAUUCGCAUGCACUUCCCUACUGCUGCUGCUACGUUCUUCUAGUAAUCUAAUCUUUAGAAGUGAUUACGAACAAGAAGAAGGAAGUCGAGGCCAGAAAAAGAGCUUGGAUUUCUUUGCUAGUUUGGUGUGGUGUUGUCUUGUGUAACAAGGAAGAAGGAAUCAAGAAGGAGAGAGCUCUAAGUUCUUGCAACAAAGGGCGGUUCUUGGAAGGAACCCAGCAAGAAGAAUGGCUUCCUCAAGCGGGAGCGGCAUCUCGGGGUCGCUCUCGGCGGCGACGGCGGCCAUCGCGGCGGCGGUGGGGACGGAGGAGGAGCUGCGCGCGCUCUUGGAGCAGCGCCGCGCCAAGCGGAUGCUAUCCAACCGCGAGUCCGCACGGCGGUCGCGGAUGCGCAAGCAGCGCCAUCUCGACGACCUCAACGCGCAGGCCGCGCAGCUCCGCCGCGAGAACGCGCACGUCGCCACCGCGCUCGGCCUCACCACGCAGGGCCUCCUCGCCGUCGACGCCGAGAACGCCGUCCUCCGCACCCAGGCCGCCGAGCUCGCUGCGCGUCUCCACUCCCUCAACGACAUCCUCGUCUGCAUGAACACCAACGCCGCCGCGGCCGGCGCCGCCGCCGUAUCACUCACCGCGGCCGCGGCCGCCACAGACCCCUUCCUCACCUUCGACGGCGCCACCGCCUUCGACGACCUCCUGAGAUCCUGCCCGGAGAUGUUCCCGCUCUGCUAGCUGAAGGCUGAAGGCACCAUGGUACAAAGCAUCAAGGAAAAAAAAUCAUCUUCUUUUUUUUUUGCUUUUGGUGUUUCAGGUUAAUUUACUAGCUAGUGAGAGGGAACUGAAAUAAAAUCAGAGGUGGUGAGCCAUGAAAUUUACUGUGCUGGGGUAAGCAACUGAGCACUGCACCUAACUAAGCUAUUUGCUGGGAUUAAGGUUAAUGAACUAAUUAGUAGUAAGUAUCAUGUGUGAUUCUGAGAUCUGGUCUGGUAAGUGUCAUGUAUUGUACUCCACCACUAUGUAAGAACUGGAGCAAAGGAAGUGCCAUAUAUAUUUACAAUUUACUCA